UUUGUCUACAAUUUGAAAAAUGCGACUUUUACUCUGCUUAAUCGUUUAUGCAAAAUUAGUAAAUGAGUGUGAGAAUGUUGCAAUUAAAACUGACGGCAUAAGUUUGGAUGGCGGAAAUAUUUUAAUCAAUAGAUACAGCUUACCAGAAGAUGGAAAAGUGGCUGAAGACUUUUUAAAUAGGGAUCAUAUCAGAAGAAAAAGAUAUCUAGGUUUAGGCAGAAAGUUUAAGCUAAACAAAAGAUAUCAAGAAUGUAUCGCUCCUGGAGAUGCCAAGGGCCAUUGUAAGCAUUUAACAUUCUGCCCCAUCGAUAUUUUGACAGGUACUAGAAGUACAUUGGAAUAUUUGUGCGUCAUAGAAAGAACUUAUGUUGGUGUCUGUUGUCCGGAUGACGUAGCUUUAAGUGGCAUGAUAGGCUCUCAGCUGGUUAUGGACCUUCCAGCUGGAGGUGAAGAUUAUGAUCUCAAAAAUAAUGUCACAGGCUGUGGCCUUCCCGCAGAGGGUCGCACAAUAGGCACCAUGCAAUCAGCUACUGUUCAACAAUGGCCUUGGUUGGUAGCACUUUAUCAUCCCAAAGAAUAUCAGCAAGGUACUGAGCAACAAUUUUGUGGCGGUACUCUUAUCACAGAAAAACAUAUUUUGACAGCCGCGCAUUGUCUGCAAGGAGUGACGCCACAAGAAGUUCGUGUAAGAUUGGGAGAAUACGAUUUCACCAAGUACAAUGAGACCCGUUCUCAAGAUUUAGCUGUUGCUGAGAUUAAAAAUCAUGAAGAUUUUGUUGUAUCUACAUACGAAAAUGAUAUUGCAAUUAUAACGUUGGCUCAACCUACGUCGUUUAAUUCAUACAUUUGGCCUGUUUGCCUACCUCCCACAGGUGAAACCUUUGUAAACGAAACCGUCGUAGUUGCAGGAUGGGGUCAGCAGGAAUACGCUGGACCGACUUCCCCGGUUCUGCUACAAGUGGCGAUACCAGUAUGGGAACAGGAAAAAUGUGCUGAUAGCUUUUUACAACGAAUAACUGAAAAUAAUAUUUGCGCUGCAGCAUAUGAAGGAGGCAAGGACUCGUGCCAAGGUGAUUCCGGAGGACCAUUAUUGUAUCAACUUGAAAAUGGCCGUUGGGUCACCAUAGGAGUGGUAUCUUGGGGUAUUGAAUGUGGAAACAAAGGAAGUCCUGGUAUUUAUGCCAGAGUUAAUAAAUAUAUUCCGUGGAUUAUUAAGCAUACAAUUGCUAGAGUAUGAAAUAAUAUAAGGGCCCUGCAUCCACUUAUGCUUAUUAUUUGUAUCAAAAUAAACUAUUUUAAUUAGGUAUGCAGAACUAUGAUUGUGUACUUCUAGUGAUAACAGUUUUUUUUUUCAAACCUUUUGAG